GCGGCUCUCAGUCCCCGGUCCCGGACGCCGAGCUGCAGCGGGCGGCGGCGCGGCUGGAGGCCCGCGGGGACAGGGCUGCGCCGGUCGCUCUCUGCAGCCUCUCCCUCCCUCGUCGUCCCCGGGGCGCUGUGCGUCUCCAGUCCGAGAAAGACGCCGCCGGCCUUGGCGGGCAGCUGGAUCCGCGUCCCGCCGCAGCGCCCGGAGGACAUGCAGGAGAGAGGAUGAGCCAGAGAGACACGCUGGUGCAUCUGUUUGCCGGGGGAUGUGGUGGUACAGUGGGAGCUAUUCUGACAUGUCCACUGGAAGUUGUAAAAACGCGACUGCAGUCAUCUUCUGUGACACUUUAUAUAUCUGAAGUUCAGCUGAACACCAUGGCAGGAGCCAGUGUCAACCGGGUAGUGUCUCCUGGACCUCUCCAUUGCCUAAAGGUGAUCUUGGAAAAAGAAGGGCCUCGUUCCUUAUUUAGAGGAUUAGGCCCUAAUUUAGUAGGGGUAGCCCCUUCAAGAGCAAUAUACUUUGCUGCUUAUUCAAACUGCAAGGAAAAGUUGAAUGGUGUAUUUGAUCCUGAUUCUACCCAGGUACACAUGAUUUCAGCUGCAAUGGCAGGUUUUACCGCAAUCACAGCAACCAACCCCAUUUGGCUUAUAAAGACUCGGUUACAGCUUGAUGCAAGGAACCGUGGGGAAAGGCGAAUGGGCGCUUUUGAAUGUGUUCGUAAAGUGUAUCAGACAGAUGGACUUAAAGGAUUUUAUAGGGGCAUGUCUGCUUCAUAUGCUGGCAUAUCAGAGACUGUUAUCCAUUUUGUUAUUUAUGAAAGUAUAAAGCAAAAAUUACUGGAAUAUAAGACUACUUCUAUGAUGGAAAAUGAUGAAGAAUCUGUGAAAGAAGCAUCAGAUUUUGUGGGAAUGAUGCUCGCUGCUGCCACCUCAAAAACUUGUGCCACAACCAUAGCAUAUCCACAUGAAGUUGUAAGAACAAGACUACGUGAAGAGGGAACAAAAUAUAGAUCAUUGUUUCAGACACUGUCUUUGAUUGUUCAAGAAGAAGGUUAUGGGUCUCUUUAUCGUGGUCUAACAACUCAUCUGGUGAGACAGAUUCCAAACACAGCCAUUAUGAUGGCCACCUAUGAAUUGGUGGUCUACCUACUCAAUGGAUAGCAGCACACAGGGCUGCCAUACUACAGGAGGGAAGACCAAAUGAUUACAGUGGACCAUAGAGUAUCAAAGCCAGCAUGGGGGACAGAAGAAAAAUAGUUUGGGAACAUGGUAACUUGCCUAAGUGGAAGUUUGGCUGUAAGAAUUGAAGUAAUCGUACCACAUUACUUGGUUUUUAAUGUG